AUGUGGUCGUCAUCUGGCAGCGGCAAGAAGCCAGCAGCUUCGCCUCAGGAAAUGGUCCAGGUCGACCGCUCCGAAUCAGCCUCCCCGUUCUGGCGACCUCCGGUUCGAGAAAAUGCUCCUAAGCGAAGCGUAACGACUCCCGCAGGUCGCGAUCCCAACUUCGUUGUUGGCGCGGCGUAUUCCCAUGCCGACAUGCUCAAAUUCGACUCACUAAGCCUCUCGGGCAACCGACCCAAGACACCUCCUUCGAGUUCUGCUGCUAAGGGUCGUGCAAGCGAAUCAACCCCUCCACCGCAACCGCGAGGGUCGACUGGAGGUUCAUCCCCGCCGUUUAAGAGCUACAUAAACUUCCUUUCCAAUACCAACGAUGACUGGAAAGCCGAUGAAGAUGAGAUGCUUGGCUACGAUGACGACGACGGCGACGAUUUUGGGCUCCCCAGCCUUUCCAACAUGAAGAGGAGGACGAAGAGGAUGGCAACCCAAAACAACGCCCAUGCCAAUGCCAAUGCGGCAACACUGUCACCAGCUUUAGAUGGAAGGUUUACCCUAGGAGGGAGGCGCCAUUCGGAUAGCGCCGAUAUCGCCGUCGAGCGACCAUCACUGACAUACCCAAUGCCCAAAAAGAGCGAGGGUAAAAUCCUCCGACCACAAUAUAAAGACAUAUUACAAGAUCCCGCGAAUGCAUUACAUCUCAUCAAUUACCCCUCCAUACCCAGCAACGCGAAGCCUAAAGAAGCCGACGCCAUCAAUUCCCGUAUAACCAGAAUUAACAAGUUCAAGAAGCUCCUCCAAGCUUCAUCCAUAUCACUGCCAGAUCUCCGCGCUCUAGCCUGGUCAGGAGUGCCCGAGGAAGUCCGUGCCAUGACCUGGCAACUUCUCUUGAGCUACCUACCCACCAACAGCGAAAGAAGAGUAGCAACGCUAGAAAGAAAACGGAAAGAAUACGUUGACGGGGUACGGCAAGCCUUUGAAAGAGUGGGAUCAAAUGCAGCCUCUCCAGGACGAGCACGCGGUCUUGACGAAGCCAUCUGGCACCAAAUCAGCAUCGACAUCCCCCGAACAAACCCACACAUCGAAUUAUACAGCUACGAAGCUACGCAACGAUCCUUAGAGCGCAUCUUGUACCUCUGGGCCGUUCGUCACCCAGCAAGCGGCUACGUCCAGGGCAUCAACGACCUCGUGACGCCAUUCUUUCAAGUAUUUCUGGGCCUGUACAUUGCCGAUCCGAACAUUGAAACCGGCAUGGAUCCCGGCCAAUUGCCCAAAUCGGUGCUCGAUGCCGUAGAAGCCGACUCCUUCUGGUGUCUGACCAAGCUCCUCGACGGCAUUCAAGACCACUACAUUGUCGCGCAGCCCGGCAUCCAGCGCCAGGUCGGUGCGCUGCGCGAUCUCACCGCCCGAAUAGACUCGACUCUCUCAAAGCACCUCGAGCAAGAAGGCGUGGAAUUCAUCCAAUUCAGUUUCCGCUGGAUGAAUUGUCUCCUGAUGCGUGAAAUAAGUGUCAAGAACAUCAUUCGCAUGUGGGACACCUACCUCGCCGAGGAGCAAGGCUUCUCCGAAUUCCACCUCUACGUCUGCGCAGCCCUCCUCGUCAAAUGGUCCGACAAGCUCGUCAAGAUGGACUUCCAAGAAAUAAUGAUGUUCCUCCAGUCCUUGCCUACCAAGACGUGGACCGAGAAGGACAUAGAGCUCCUUCUAAGCGAGGCCUUUAUCUGGCAGAGUCUAUACAAGGGGUCUGCGGCGCAUCUCAAGGGCGGGCCGAGUAAACCCCUGUUAUCAAACUUGCAGCUUUAG